CACCGGACGUCUCAAUAUGGCGCCUCUCCUCCCCGAGCACACCUGUCACCGCAGAGGAUGAUUAAGCGGCGUGUCCACCGUCUCUUCGCCGGCCAGAGGGCUCUGUUUCCGGGCAUGACGGUCCGCGGGACUCCGCUGUUUGUUCCCCGUGGAGGAGACGCUGCAUCCGGGUCUGUUUCAGCCGAGCAGCGCUGACAGGAGACCCGAGAGUAAACGACAGGAAGUGGAGUGAAAUGGAGAGAAGCAAAGAUGCGUCCAGUUCCCCGGCGACUGUAAACAACGGCGCCGAGGAUCUCGCCGUCUGUUCUUCUUCGCUCAGCUCAGGGUCAGAUUACGGACCAAUCGGACGCUUCUGCGAGGAUCGGGGGGCGGGGCUUAGUCCGAGAGAAGACGAGGCACCAGUUGACGGGAUUGGUGCAGAGGAGGAAGCUCAGCGCUGGUCAGAGGAGGAGGACGGGGAUGAUGAGGCGUUUACGGGCGGGGCGGCGUGCGAGCCGGGCCUCCCGCCCAACGCCGGCGCUCGCCGUAGGAACACGUUUGCGUGCGGGCGGCGCCUGCAGAGCGCCCCGGGGCAGCUGCAGCCGGACGACGCAGAUGCAGAGCUGCAGUCCCGCAGGCCGGACAUCGCCGAAUACUUCAGCAGCAGGAAGCAGCGGUCCGUCAGUCAAAGUCUUCCUGGUUGGAAGCUGUUUGGUAAAGUUCCUCCCAAACAGAGUCCGUCCAAACAGCCUCGCGUCAUCCAGCAGGAGUUCGAGGCGCGUCAGGUGGCGGCCCGCUGCUCCCCUACCCAUAAUGCAGCGGGGCAGCAGAGCUGGGGGAAGGCGGAGCCGCUGUCGACCACGGCGCUGAUCCUGCAGGACCGGCCGCCGAACCUUCCAGCGAAGUCUCCUGAGGAGACUCAGAGACACCGGCAGCAGUACGAGCAGAUGGUGGCCACCGCCAAGAGGAGAGAGCUCGCGGCGGCCGAGCGGCGCCAGCAGCUGAUGACUCAGCGCUUCAGACAGGAAGUGGAGAUCUCCAACGCCACGCUGGUCUGGAACCAGCACAUCCUGCCGCACUGGGACGCCAUGCGGGAGAGUCGGCGUGCCCGGGACCUGUGGUGGGGGGGUUUACCGCCGAGCGUGCGAGGACGAGUCUGGAGCCUCGCCAUCGCCAACGAGCUCAACAUCACCGCAGAGCUGUACGAGAUCUUCCUCUCCAGAGCGAAGGAGAAGUGGACCAACCUCAGUGACACCGACGCGUGUUUCCCUGCAGACGGAGACAGUCUGGAGAUCAUCACUCGGGACAUUUCGGGGGUACUGCCAUCGCUCGGCGUUUUCCAGAAGGGAGGUCCUUACCACGACCUGCUGCAAAGCAUCCUGGGAGCUUACAUCUGUUACAGACCUGAUGUGGGAUAUGUGCAGGGUAUGUCCAGCGUAGCGGCCAUGUUGAUCCUGAACAUGGAUGAAGUUGACGUCUUUAUCAGCUUCUCCAACCUGAUCAAUAGACGCUGUCAGUUGGCUUUCUACAGAGGACAACACCACCUGAUGCUCCGGUAUUUCGGGGCUUUCCAGGUGUUUCUGCAGGAGUCUCUUCCUCGUCUCUUUCUUCAUUUCCAGUCUUCGGGUGUCACUCCGGACCUCUACCUGCUGGACUGGAUCCUGUCCCUCUACCUGAAGCCCCUCCCCCUGGAAGUGGCGUGCAGAGUCUGGGACCUUUUCUUCCGGGACGGCGAGGAGUUCCUGUUCAGGACGGCUCUGGGGAUCCUGAAGCUGCAUCAGGACGUCUUGCUGCACAUGGACCUCAUCAGCACCGCUCAGUUCCUGUCCCGCCUCCCUGAUGAGGAGCUGCUCUCUGAUAGGCUGUUCUCCUGCAUCUCGGCCACGCCCAUGCUGAGCGGGAACAGGAAUUGGAGUCAGGUCUUUUCUUCCUGUGGAGACGGGGAGACGAGCAGCUGAUCUGAAGUCAGUUUUGAUUCUGAUUUAUUUAUGAAUGUCUUGUUGAAGCUUCGUGUUCUGGACGAUGAACUCUCGCUCUGCAGGACAGGACCA